AUGGGCAGAGCCCCCCAUUGUGGAAAGGGGAGCCAUGGAGGAGCACAGGAAAUCCCGGCUGCCGUGACUGUGGGGCUACUGCUCCUGGGGUUCUCCUGGGGAAACUCCUUCCGCCUUGGAUUUAAUCCAGAAGACAGACCCACCCUCUGGAUUGAGGCCGAAUCCCUCGCCCAUCCCUGGGACAACGUGACCCUAAGGUGCUCCACCCUUGGAGACGACAAGGCGCAGCUGCACAAGGAUGGAGUGGCCCUCCACCUCAAUCCCGUCAAGCCCCCCGGCUCAGAACCUGGGUUUGCCCUGGGAAAGGUGACAGAGGCCACCAGAGGACUCUACAGGUGCCGCUAUUACGUCUUAGAUUACUGGUCUCAGUUUAGUAACCCGGUGGAGCUGACUGGCAGAGAGAUCCUCCCUCCACCAACACUUUCUGCUGAUCCUGGCCCCUGGCUGAUCCCUGGGCUGACAACCAAACUUGUUUGCCAUGGGCCCCUGAAAGAAGUGGCCUUUGUGCUAAGGAAAGUGGAAGACCCCAAGUUCAUGAGGAAGUACGUCCCAACAUCCUUCAUCGGCACAUUCUACAUCCUCCAUCCUGGGAGCUACAGCUGCAGCUAUGAGACCAGCAGCUCAGGUCUGCGCUCCGAGCCCAGCCAGACGGUGAUCAUUGAGGAACUGGAUUUCUUCCCAGCACCCAGGUUGCAGAAGCAGAGUAACCAAGUGAUCCUCACACCAGGGACCCUGGUGAGCCUGUUGUGUACAGCGGACCUCUCAGAUGUCAAGUUCAUCCUGCUGAGGGAAGGACGUACGAUACAGAUGACAUCCAUGCUUUACAAAUCACCCGAGUCAAUAUCUUCCACGGUCUUCAUUCAGGAGGGAGGAAGGUACACGUGUCGCUAUACGCUCAGGGGCAAGCCAUCCAUCUGGUCCAGAGACAGCAAUCCUGUGGAGAUGCUGGUGAGUGAUGAGGCCCUCUCCAAGCCCACGGUGUCCUUGGUGUCCGAAGACCUGAACUUGACUUUGGGCAGUGACUUGGUCCUGCGCUGCCAGGGUCCAGUAGCUGGAGCCACGUUCGUGCUUCUCAAGGAGACUGCAAAGCGCCCCCUGAAGGUGAUGAGCUCAGCAGGACACGGCGUGGACUUCAGGAUCCCAGACAUUGGGGUGCACGUUUCUGGGAACUACAGCUGUCUCUACCUGGAAACUAGAAAUGGACCCUCAGGAUCUGGAUUGAGUGAACCCCUGGAACUCCGUGUAGAGGGGCCCAGCUGUGGUCCUGUAUAA